GGAGCCGAACUACCAACUUCUCAAUAUCAUUUCUACGCGCACAAGGCACAAGGAAUCUCCCGGCAGUAAAACAUGACAUACUUAUUAUUGAUACUGGCAUUGUGCCCAUUAGCAGCGAUUUGCCAGUACGUACCCGUGAACAUACCAAAUGUAGACUACCCACAGCCUCCGUCAACGACACAACCCCCCAUGCCACCCUUCGGUGGUGGUGGUGCUGGACACGGCGUCGGUGGACCGGGGGCAGCCGGUGGACCGGGGGCAGCCGGUGGCCCAAGUGCCCCAGGUGGCCCAGGCGGACCAGGUGGAAACCCAGGAGGAGUGGGCGGAGUGGGCGGAGUGGGUGGAGUGGGUGGAGUAGGUGGAGUAGGUGGAGUCGGUGGAGUAGGUGGAGUCGGUGGUACGGGGGGAGCCUCAUUUCCGGGCGGUAACAGUGGAAGCGUCGGCGGUGGAACCGGUGUAGCCGGUGGGGCCGGACAAGCGGCAGGAGGCGCAACCGACGGCAACGACGAUGACUCGGACGAUAUGGACGGCUCGGGAUCAGGCGACGGGAGCAUGAACGCCCAGUAUUCUUCAUAUGACUACGGGGCUGGAGGCGGGGUCGGUCUGUUGAACAGCCCGGGAAAAACAGCGUCAGUCACCCUUGCCUGUAUCGUCGUCGGAGGCCUUCUAGUCGCAGGCGGGAUGUACAUAUUUUACAAAAGGCAACAGAGAAACACGGCCGGUACAACACGUCUUAAUGUUUAAGAACCAACCGUGGACAGACAUUUUUACUUUUAAUCAGAUUUUUACUCCUUAGAGUAGCAGCGUUUUUUUUUUUUAUCUAUAUUCGGUUGUAGAGUACAUUUAUAAGUUAAAUUGAGUUGAAGUAGUAUACAUUGCUUGUAUUAUAGCAAUGUUUAUAAAUCAUUUGAAAAUCUUCCACCUCACUGGCUUCAAAAUUCAUCUCGAUAGAGAUGUAUAGACUGGUCUCUUUUUUUGUGGACCAAAAAUGAUCUGCAAGCACAGAUUCACCCAUCGUUUGGAAUAUCUUAACUCAGUUCGGAUCUCAGCCGUGACACCACAUGGGACGAUCGAAUGUGUGAUCAUUCCCAUGCCACUUCAAGUGGGGGUUUGGAGCCACACUCAGAAAGUUGAAAUAAUUAUUUUGCUUUGAGCUAAACCUUUUUUUUUUAAUAAUUUAUCUAUUCACAUCAGGGACACAAUACCAUUCUACAUACUUAAGACACUCUCUGAAAGCACACUUUCUUCGACAUCGGUUUAAUUGUUGCCAGUGUCUCAGUGCCUUUAAGCAAACCUCUUGUUCGGGCGAUUUAUGAAGUUAGCAAGACCGAUUGAUAAUAAUAGUCUUCUAGCUUUGCUUGGUCAGUGAAUCCUUUCUUAAGAUAUUACAUAAAACAUACUCGUAAAGAGACUAACGCGAGUGCUUGCAGGCGAGCCGUCCAAUUGUAGUCUCUCUUCGAGCGUGCAUGUUUUUUUUCUCCAAAAUACGUCACUUACCAUGCAUCGCUUUCAAGACUGAUAUCAAAUUGGAAAGGAAUUGUGUAACUGGCGGUAAUGAUCGUUGCAAUGUUAAUUUUACAACCCUGGUUUCGAACUUCGUUUGUCACAGAGUUAAUAACAUUAUUUUCGUCAGUGCGGAAACAAUCAAGAACUGAAAGUGCCUGACUAACGAACCCUAUUAUUAUCUUGUAUUACUUUGUAUAAUUACAAUAUCGGCUGAUGACGUGUAAAAAGGUCUUCGGUGAGGAACUUGAAUAAAUGAAUUGACUAAGCUGAAUACUUUCCAACGAGCGAGGGCGCCGCUCUCUCACAUCACUUGCCGCUAAAACUUUUUUGCAAAUACCAAUAUUGCGCAAGCACUAGCUUUGAAAUGAGUUGUAUGCUGGUAUAGCUAGGGAUGCAAUUACGAUCGAUAGUUAGACCACCAUGCAUUUCACUCAUAUCGAGUAUUUGCGAUACGGAGUGCGUUUUGGCGACCCCAAUCAGAAGCAUUGGUCAUCGGUUUAGCGCGGUGACGAUGUUGUUCAGACCAACCCGUAACCGACUUAUAGACUCGGUUGGGCUCUAAUUGGUGUCGCCAAAAUGCACUCAAUGUCUAUUCUUUUCUCUUUUAGCCAAAAGUCAUGUGUGUUUCUUUUCAUUGUGCAAUAUUUUUGAUUUUGAACUGUUAACCAAUAUGGAAAUCAAAUAAUCCGGAAACCAGGGAAUAUGUAUUAAAAGAAAGUAAAUAUUUGUUUUCACAAAUUUUGAAUUAUUAAAUUACCACCUUGUUAAAUAUUAUUGUAUUAAAAAUUCAAAGUCUUUGAAGAUGUCUAUGUCAUUUA